AUGGCGAUGAGGCAAGGAGGACGCGGCGACCACACCACGUCCAUGGCGAUGGCGCUCGCCGUCGGCGUGGCGGUCCUCUUCCUGGCCGGGGUGCCGCGCACGGCGCAGGCGGCGGUGGCGGUGGCGUCGGCGGGGAUCGAGGAGGCGUGCCAGGGCGCGGCGGAGCGGGACGCGGCGGUGGACUACGCGCACUGCGUGGCGUCCCUCUCGUCGGACCGGGAGGGCCGGGACGCGGCGGACAUGCACGCGCUGGCGGCGGCGGCGACGCGGAUGGCGGUGGAGCACGCGGCGGCGACGGAGGCGCGGAUGGAGGGGCUGGGCGAGGCGGAGGGCAGCCCCCGCGCGCGCGCCAGGCUGGGGCGGUGCACGGAGCUCUACGGCGCCGCCGCCGACGUGCUCCGGGACGCGCUGGACAACAUCCGGGCGCGCGUGUACGGGCGCGCCGUGGAGCAGAUCGCGGCCGCGCUGGGCGCCGCCGAGCGGUGCGAGGACGCGUGGAAGGGCGAGGAGGAGACGCAGGGAGGCGGAGGCGGCGCCGUCCCCGUCGCCGGGCACGACAAGGAGUAUGGCCGCCUCGCCGUCGUCGCCCUCGGGCUCACCAGCGGCAUCGCCUAACCGUCGCGAUCGGCCGCUUUGGCAUGGGGAAGGCAUGCGUGCUCCACCGACGUAAAUAAAGCGAAAUGCGAUUAUAAUGAACAAAUAAACCCUCUUUUAUUAACAUGUCUAUACAUAAAAUAGUUUGAUAUGUGUAAUGUUUUUACCUUUUUUUAAGUACGUGUUAUCAAUGAAAGACGAGUGUGAUAAUAAAAUGUAAAAUGUAGCCAGGUGGUCUUUAAAAAAAUGAAUACGAUUAAUGUGUGCUAGGCCGAUGUUCUAGGCUCUUCGAUGCCUCCGCUAUGAGGUGCAUGUAGACACACGGUAUAUGAUAUGUACAACUAGUAGCGAAUCUAAGACACUUUAAGUGUGACACUCCCUUCAUCUAAUGAUUUAAGUCAUUUUUAACUCUAGUACAGUGUUAAAGAACGAAAAGCAUAUUAAAUUAUGGGAUGAAGGGUAUUUUUUUACGAAAUAAAGGUCUGUCACUAUUUAAAUUAGGGGAUGAAGGGUAAACAUCUUUCCAAACGAGCAACUUGCACGUUGUGUGGCAUCGAGGAAGAAGGAACCUUCCAUGCUCUGGUGUCAUGCGAUUAUGCCAGGAAAAUCUGGGUUCGAAUGAGAAUUCGCUGGCCUCUUCCCUCUGAUGAGCUAUUGUUGGAUAAUGCUUCGUUUGGAUAGAACACAUGGGACUGAAGUACCACGUGUUGAUGUUAUGGUGGAUUAUUUGGAUAGUUACUAUAAAUCUAUCAAGCCUACUGGCGACGGAGGAGAUACAGAAAGGUAAAAUGCUUGUUACAGAUGACGUUGUGGUGUCGAUGGUGAGAUCUUGUUCCUCCAAUGCCCCUUGGCAUGCGCAUGAGCCUGGUUAGGUGGCCCUGUUUGUGGACGGUUCUUUCAAGGAAUCGAAUGAGACUACGAUGGCUGGUAUGGUUCUAAGAAAUCAUGCAGGACAGAUUAUUUUUGUAGCUUAUAAAGUGUUAUUUCAUUGUAAUGAUGCGUCAGAGACGGAGUUACAUGCACCAUGCAAAGAAUGACUUUGGCCAUCCAACAUACACAACUUCCGGUGGUGGUCCAGUCUGAUUCUUCGGAGGCUCUUUCAGCGAUUUCUACCAAGUCGUUGGCUCGUUCAGCUUAUGGUCAGCUCUAGAGAUUUAGGACUUGAAGUGUAGUAGGGAGUUUUUACCUCAG